CUUGCAUGUUGUCCUUCUACAGUCUGUGGUUGUCGCUUUGGUUUACACGCCCCCUAGCGGUGGAAAUGUCCAAAAUCCCAAAUACAUCAGACAGUCAGGCACAGCACGGCCACCUUCACCAAACAGAAACAUUUGAGGUCCUUCUACUUCACGUGUGCGUCUGCUGCUCUGCCAUCGUGAGAGGAAACCAUGCCGAAGUCAAAGAGAGACAAGAAAAUUUCUUUAACGAAGACAGCCAAGAAGGGGCUGGAGUUAAAACAGAAAUUAAUCGAGGAGCUACGGAAAUGUGUCGACACCUACAGAAACCUGUUCAUAUUCUCCGUGGAAAAUAUGAGGAAUAACAAACUAAAAGACAUUAGGACAGCAUGGAAACACAGCAGGUUCUUCUUUGGCAAAAACAAAGUCAUGGUGGUUGCUUUGGGUAAAGGAGAAACAGACGAAUACAGAGAUAAUUUGCACAAGGUUAGCAAGUUUCUACGAGGAGAGGUUGGAGUACUUUUCACAAACAAAACAAAGGAAGAAGUACAAGAGUAUUUCAGCCAUUUCAAAGAGGUGGAUUAUGCACGUUCAGGCAACGUGGCACAGAUGGACGUAACACUGGAUGAGGGACCCCUGGAACAGUUUACCCACUCAAUGGAGCCCCAGCUGAGGCAGCUAGGACUCCCAACAGCACUCAAGAAAGGUGUGGUGACACUGCUAAAGGAUCAUGAAGUUUGUAAGGAGGGAGAUGUGCUAACUCCGGAGCAGGCUCGUAUUUUGAAACUGUUUGGCAUUGAGAUGGCAGAAUUCAAGGUGCAGAUCAAAUGCAUGUGGAAUUCAGAAACAGGCGAGUUUGAGAACAUUGCCGGAGAGGAAGAGUCUAUGGAAGAUAAUGAGGAAGAGGACAACGAUGAUGAAAAUGCAGAAUGAAACAUCUGCCAGGCUGGGAACCUGGAAGCCUGAUUUUACAGUCAUUUUCACCAAACUUCAACAGCAGAGUGACUUUGUUAAAGAAAACCUUCAUUCUAACCACCAUUGCUGCCCCAGGAGUCUUUGUAACCUCCUAUAAAUCAAUGCAGAACAUGAACUUCUGUCCUUCAUAUAAUUUUUUAAGUAAAUGUGUGAGAUUGGA